AGCCCACAUACUCAAGCAAACGUAGCCUUUGCCUUUAACACCACGGCUACAAACUGCAUGUCUGAAUCGAUACUAUUGUGCACGUUAUUUGAGAUUUUACUGUAACAGACGGAUUCCAUUUGGAUAUUUAAAGCAUCAGUGUCAGCAUGGAUACAGAGUCUAUUUCUAGAGAGCGCGAUGAUGCUGAAAUCACAGAUUUAUCCACAACAGAGGGACCUUCUUGUGAAGCACCUCAGAGUGGGAUCCCUGAGGUUUCUGUUUGUCUCUCGGAAAGUGAUGCAACUGACCUUCAAAUGUGUCCGGUCAGAAUAGAGGAGAACCCAGAAGACAACAGUCCAUUUAAGUCACACUCCUGUACUCAACUCCACCAGAAAACUUUGCAGGGCUCAGGGUAUCAUUCACUGCAACACAAUAGGUGUCCCAGCUGUGGCCACCACCACUCAUUCCAAAGCAAUGUCUGUAAAGGUCAAACAAAUGCUUUCCAUCAAGCAGACUGUUCAACGAGUCCUGUUAAGACUGUCCAUGGCUGCAGUCCAUCACGUCUGCCUUCAUGUCACAAUAAAAUGCAGUGCCACUGGCUUCAUGGACCUCACGAUGGCAGUAACCACAAGCCCUUGCAACAUCACAUGGUGACAGUGAGAAAUGACGGCCUACAUUGGAUUCCAAGGAGCUAUUCGCAGGUCAUAGUGGAAUACCCAUUGGCCGUACUCAUUUCAUGUACAGUACUUCUGUUUGCCUGCUCUCUUGCUGGUAUUUUGUCCGGUCCCCUGCCAGACUUCUCUGACCCUUUGUCGGGAUUUGAACCACGUGGAACAGACAUUAGCAUCCGGCUAGCAACCUGGAUGAAGUUACAGGAAAACACUGGGCCUGGAAAAUCACUUUCUCCAGUUCCACGGCAACUCACAGAAGCAACUACAGCAAGAGAGGACAGAUCUCUGCCUCUAUUAAAGCAACGCUCAAGAAGAAUGUUACACCAAGAUUACGCUGAGCACAACUUUUUUUGUAAUGCCCCAGGUGAGCACUAUGCUCAGCUGGUCUUCCGCUCUGGAAACUCUGCCAGUCUCUGGAGUCUUAAGGCAAUUUAUUCUAUGUGCCAGAUGGAAGAGACACAGAUCCGUUCAGGGACAGAAUUUGAUAAGUUUUGCCAGGUCCAAUCUGGGUUAGAUGGCUCCAUUGGAAAUAACGAGUGCUGUCCAAGUUGGUCUUUGGGGAACUACUUGGCUUCUCUCAACAACGUUUCUUCAUGCUUCCAUUUGACCACGCUGCACGUGUCCGAAAGUCUAAGUCUGCUCAGAUUCUGUGCCCCUUACUACCAUGAUGGAAGCCUGGUUGCAUCAUGUACCGAGAGGAGUAAAUCUGGCCGCUGUGCAUCCGUCCCACACCGCUGUAAGCUGUCAAGUAUCUUUCAGAUUCUUCAUUAUCUCGUGGACAAGGACUUCCUGGGACCACAGACUGUUGAAUACAAGGUCCCAUCCCUAAAAUACAGUGCUCUUUUUCUACCAGUAGACAAAGGGGAUCAAUUUCUGAAAAUUUAUUUGGACCAUCUUGAGGGCCAUGAGCUCACAUAUAACAACACUUUUAUUACCGGAAUGGAUUUGGGAAUUAAACAAAAACUCUUCAAGUAUUACUUGGCACGCGACUCUAUCUAUCCUGUUCUUGCAGCUCUUGGACUUUUGUUCACAAUGGGACUGUAUCUCAGAUCACUACUGAUAGCAGCGAUGUCACUGGUUGCUGUCAUAUUAUCCCUUUGCACCUCAUAUUUUUUCUACAAGGUUGCAUUUCGGUUGACAUUUUUCCCACUCCUCAAUCUCACAUCGGUCCUCGUUCUUUUAGGAAGUUGCCUGAAUCACACCCUUACUUUUGUGGAUUUCUGGAAACUACAGCUAAGCCAUAACCCUCCAGCUAUCCCUGAGAAAAGAAUGAACCGGGUUUUACAAGAAAUGGGAUACUUGAUAUUAGUGUCAGGACUGACGUCCAGCAUCACAUUUUACUCAGGCUACAUAAGCAGCAUCACAGCUAUAAGAUGCUAUGCUGUAUAUCUGGGCAGUGCCUCUUUGAUCAACACCUUCUUUGCUCUUGUUUGGCUUCCGUGCACCCUUAUUUUGCAAGAACGCUAUGCUGUGCUAUCUUCAAACCCUGUCACAAAAACAGCGUGGAACCCGUGCUGCUCGAAAAACGCUGGUGGAUUCUGGGAGACGAGCUCAAGGAAGCGCUGUCUUUUCACCCUGAGACAGAAACUUCGGACUUUAGGCCGAGGGUUUACCGACACAUCAAACUUGCUUUUUUUAAAAAUCCUGCCGUGUGGUGUAGUGAAGUUUCGAUAUAUUUGGAUCUGUUGGUUUACAGUGUUGGCAGCUGGAGGAACAUACAUAUCAUGUGUGGAUCCUGGCAUGAAACUGACGACUUCAGACAGUAAAGCCACUCAGCUCUUCCGUUCCAGUCAUCCCUUUGAGAGAUAUGAUGCAGAAUACCGCCACCAGUUCAUGUUUGAGCGAGUGAAACAAGGAGAAGACGAGCCCAUGACACUGACUCUAAUUUGGGGUGUCAUUCCUUCAGACAAUGGCGAUCACUUUAAUCCAAAAAGUAAUGCCUCUUUGGCUAUUGAUCCUGCGUUCAAUAUGAGCAGUCUCGAAGCCCAAGUUUGGUUGCGAGACCUAUGUGGAAAAAUUAAAAACCAGAGCUUCUAUUCUCAAUUAUCAGCUGACCAAGAAGAAACAGAGGAAAGUGGGUGUUUUGUCGAAAGCUUGAUUCACUGGGUUUCUAUACGCCGCUGUUCUGAAAGUGAAGAUGCGUUUAGUUUCUGUUGCAAUAAUAUUCCCUUUCCGUACCCGCCAAGUGUUUUUGAGCAGUGCCUUAGCAUGAUGGUAGCAGAGCUGUAUGCAGAAGGACACUUACCCAAUGCUGGAGCCUUAAGGUUCGAUUCAGAAGGUCGAAUCACUGCCCUUGUGAUAUUGUUCAAAAGCAUACAACGCUAUAGCUUCAACUACAGCAAAAUGUCACAAUUCUAUCAAGAGGUCUUAAAGUGGUUUAAUGCGGAAAUCUCUAAAGCUCCAGUGGGAUUGCAGAAGGGAUGGUUUGUAAGCCAGCUAGGUUUGUAUGACCUCCAGAGAUGUCUGAGUUCAGAGACGUUACAGGUGGCUGGCUUUUCUGUAGCUCUCACAUUUGCAUUGCUCCUGCUGACCACCUGGAAUAUUCCAUUAAGCAUCUACGUGUCCUUAGCUGUGGGAGGAAGUGUUUUCGCUACCGUCGGACUGCUUGUGCUUUUAGAAUGGCAGUUAAAUGGUGUGGAAGCGCUGUUCAUUUCAGCAGCUGCUGGUCUCUCUGUUGACUUUGUGGCCAAUUACUGCAUUUCAUACAGCUUGGCCCCACACAAUGACAGAUUGGGAAGGGUUGCACAUUCUCUCAAGAGAAUGGGUUGCCCUGUAGCUACAGGUGCUGGGGCGUAUUUUUGCGUGGGCAUCCUUAUGCUACCCGCAACUGCAUUGCUUUUCAGGAAGCUCGGGAUCUUUCUCCUGCUCGUGAAGUGCGUGGCAUGCGGCUUCGCCACUUUUUUCUUCCAGUCACUGUGCUGCUUCUUUGGCCCUCAAAAGAAAUGCGGGAACAUAACAAUACCGUGCGUCACAAAGCAAGCCACUGAAAAUAAUCCAGCUGCAGAAACUGGGACUGCCAGUCCAUCAGCUAAUGGGGCAUUUGGUUGCGGCACAAGUUCUCGAAUUCGAAGAAAUUUUAAUAAAGAAAAUGAUGGUUUUCUCUGCCCCAAUCAGGAACACCAUAGAAAACGGCAAACAGUUGGAGGGAAGGAGCCAGAACAGUACGAGCUGCAGCCCCUUGCUUGCCAGCUGAGUGACAGCUUUGAGAAUAGCACUUGCACCAGCAAGCUGUCCAACAGACCUUCUGUCCUUUCUGAUGACAUUCAGUUCUGCGGACACAGUCCCAGGCAAGAUUACGAUCGCGUCAGCAUUGAAGCUGACAGUGAAGAAAUGUGUAGCAGGCACCUUAAAACUUGCAACCCUCCUCCGGCACUCCAGACGUCGUCACCGUACAAAGAGAACAUGUUGCGUCCUGUAGUCGCUCCUCCGCAAGAUCUAUCCAAGGAGAAGAUUUUGUGCAAGAAAUGUCGAGGCCAGUCAAGCGGUGGCCUCAAACUUUGGGACACGUCUCUGUCAUCGUCCUCUAGUAUGGAAGAAAUCAUGACAUCACAGACGACAGACACUGUCAAUCAAAGAUCACUGUCAAUAGAUGAGGUUACUAGCUGUCACAAACAACUCCUGUCAUGUCAGUCCCAAAGCUCCAUGGAGGGACUUGAAGAUUCCAAUGAAACCUGCCUAAGUGAUGUUGAGCCUGCCAUCUGUGUUCCUCCAGCUGUUAAAAAAGAAGAAGAGUUUCAACCUGGCCACCUAAAUGGUAAGAGGGACACUUUGCGUUUGUCCUUGAAGGAGACUGUAUUUGACCUUGAUUCUCCAGGGACCGGAAGAGGGAGGACCACCCAAAGUGGAGUACCAGUGAUACUGCCCAACAGUAAACCGGAUAUGCCUGACGUUUGGAUCAAAAGGGAAGGGAAAGGUGGAAGCUGAAGAAUAUUGUCAACACAAUGAGCAAAUCCAUACCACAGCAUGGCCAGUACUUUAUAUGGUGAGCUAAACUUUGGUACACAUCAGUUUGGUUUAUUUUUGGAAUUGUUCUGAAAAUGCAUACUGGACAAUAUUUUGAACCCAUCAAUCAUCACAUAAUGAAGGAAUGGAAAUGAAGUAUACAGUGCUUACAAGAGAUUUGACCCAAGGACGGAUUUUUUUAAAGCAUGAUUUCUUGCAUGUCAUGUAAAUACACACUGAAUGUGCACCCACAAAUAGCCUUCAGGGACCUUGAACCGCAAACGGAAAACUUAACACUCAUAAAACAACUGUGCCUGAUCUUUGACAACCAAGCCAUGAGCACUGAAAAAGUUACAUUUAUUAUCAAUUUCAUUCAUGUUUUUAAACCCUCGACAACCAGGCUUAGUCAGAAAUUAGAAAAGCAUUACAAAAAAACUACUAAAUGACAUUCACAUCCCUAAACUCACAAACACUUGGUAUAGAUGUGCUUCCUACUGUUUUUUUUACAUGGUUAUACAUCAUUGCAUGUUAAAAGCAAAUUUACAUUUUCAACACUCAAAUUGUUAUUUUUAUACAAGCUGUAUAAUUUUCUUAUUGCCAGAGCCAUAAAAGGUGUCUCUUUAAAAAUACAAUGCCCAUCAAAAUAAAGGCCACUUUUUUUAAAGAUUUUAUCAAAAAAAGCUUCAGUGUGUGCACUAUAUAUACUG